AUGCGCCGUGAUUUCUACAACGGUGGGCUUGCCUGCGCCGUUGUGUGGGUGUCGUCGACUUGUCUGCUGCUCGUCCUCUCGCUGUCGACAUCGACCACCGCCGAGCCGUUGCUGAGAGCCGCCGGUCGAUGUCCGUCCCUCGUCGAACAGAACGUGUGCCCGUCGAGGGCGCCGACCUGCGAGAAUGACUACCAGUGCCAGGGCACGGAGGAACGCUGCUGUAGGACCGCGUGCGGCCUCCGGUGCGUCGCGGGCGAGCUGACCGGAUGCGAGCAGCUGGCGUUGGCGGCUGUGAGGAGGUCGCGGGCCCUCGGCGACCGGGGCCCCGCUCAGUUCGUGCCGCGAUGCGACAACGUGACCGGCGAGUUCGAGAGGAUACAAUGCGAGCCGACCGGCCACAGCUGCUGGUGCGUCGACGAGAUCGGCGCCGAGAUACCCGGAACCAGGGCGCCCAGCAAGGAUACCAUCGACUGCGACAAGCCCCGCAAGUGUCCGGCUCACAGCUGUCGGAUGCUCUGCCCUUUGGGAUUCGAAAUCAGUGAGGUCACCGGCUGUCCGAAAUGUGAGUGCAGGGAUCCCUGUCGCGGCGUUACCUGUCCGGGAGUCGGACAGACGUGCGAGCUAAUCACCGUGACUUGUAUUCGGCCGCCGUGUCCGCCGUUACCCAGCUGUCGGAAGACCAGAUCUCUAUCGACAAUCUGUCCGGCGGGCGAGCCCUUGCAGAUCACCGACUCGUCGCGGCCGUUCCUCUGCGGCGACACGCCGGGGAAGCCGAGUUGUCCGCCGAUGUACAGCUGCCUGGUGGAGCCCAAGCAGGAGUACGGAGUCUGCUGUCCGUCCAACGUGAAGCUGCAGCGACCCGGCACGUGUCCCGCGGAGGAGCUGACGGCGGGCUCGACGUGUGGGCCCGCCUGUCGCUACGACCUCGAGUGCCCCGGACCCCAGAAGUGCUGCGGCAACAAGAACUGCGGCGGUAACGUGUGCACGAUACCCCGGGACCUCAGCGCGUGCCAUCGCGACCGCAUGCUCGCCGAGAUACUCAGUGUCUCCGAGCGCCAGGGUCGCGGCUACAUUCCGCAGUGCAUGGAAGAUGGAGGUUUCCAGACGAGGCAGUGCUCGAGAAACGGCCUCGUCUGCUGGUGCGUGGACGAGGACGGUAGAAAGAUAUCCGGCUCUAUGGGUCCCGCGGAGAAGAUUGAUUGUAGAUCGAUAAGCAAGGCGCGCUCGCUUCCGGCGUCCUGCACGUCUCAACAGUGCGCUCAGGUGUGCCAGUACGGCUUCAAAACGGACGCUUCCGGCUGCCCGACUUGCGAAUGCGACGAUCCAUGCGAGGGAUUUCUGUGCCCUGAGGGACAGGAAUGUGUCCUGAAGCGGGAGAAUAACUGUCCCGAUUUUCUCUGUCCAACAAAACCGGAAUGUAAACCUAGGAAGACUUAUAAGAGCCCCUGCGUCUUCGGUACACCGCUUAUCGAUCAAGACGGAAAUGCCGCGACUUGCUCCACUAACGAAACUUGCCCCGACGGCUACAAGUGCACGAUGAUACAGGAAGCUGGUCAGUCGGUGUGUUGCAUGGAAUCGCCAAACGCCACAAAGGCACCCACAAUGUGCGAGUAUCUGCGGGAUUUCAACGAUCGCAUGGAAGGUACGAGGGAGGGAAUGUCCCUGGCAAUUCCGGCGCCUCAGUGCGACCAGGAUGGCAGUUACAAGUCUCUGCAGUGUAACAAUGGUACCAGCUGCAAAUGCGUGAACCGUCGCGGAGUGAUCCUGAAGACCGGACUGGACCUGACCGCCACGGCUGAUUGUGAAUCCAUCCGGGAACUCACGCGGAUGUGCAAGCGUCUGUACUGCAACCUGAUCUGCCCGUACGGCUACGAGGUGGAUGCAGCCGGAUGCGAGCAGUGUCGCUGUCACGAGCCAUGCCGCGAUGUCGUCUGCGGCUCGCACGAGACCUGCACGAUGAUCGACGUGAACUGCGGCCCGAACGAGUACUGUCCGGCCGUGCCGGCGUGUCUCACGACGAAACCGGGUCAGUGCCCGUAUCUCGUCCCAAGCUCGUCAAGCUGCGAGCUGCAGUGCAGCAACGACCAGGAGUGCCCGUCCGGUGACAAAUGUUGCUCGACCGGCUGCGGCACGCAGUGCGUGGCGCCGGUCAUGGCCACGGCCUGCCAGCACGCUCGCGCGGUCGCCGAGCACGCCGCCAGGGAGUCGGGCGAGCCCGCGAGGAGGAUCUACAUACCCAGGUGCGACUCCAACGGUACGUUCGAGCCGGUGCAAUGCCACAACGGCAUGUGCUGGUGCGUGGACGAGGAGGGCAAGGAGGCGGCGGGCACCCGGGUCCUCGAGGGGGUCGUGCCGCGCUGUAACACGCCCUUGCGAUGCCCGGAAAUCGACUGCAAGCUCGACUGUCCGGACGGAUUCGAACUGGACGCCGACACGGGUUGCCCGACGUGCUCGUGCCGCGACCCGUGUCGCAGCGUGACCUGCCGCGGCGAGAACGAGGCGUGUCGAAUGGUGGAGGUCGCGUGUAGCGCGCCUCCGUGUCCCCCGGUACCGGUCUGCCUGCCGAAGAAGGACAACCCGUGCCCGAACAGCUCGCCGCUGCUCGAUCAGAACGGCUCGGUCGCCACCUGCGGCCCGCACGGCCAUCACUGCCCCUCGACGCACAAGUGCGAGCUGUCGCCGCUGGACGAAUACGCGGUGUGCUGCCCGAAGCCGCGCGAGGUCUGCUUCGAGCCGCCCCGCAGAGUGCCGUGCAACCCGAGCGCCGGCUUCAACGAGACCGAGAGGUGGUUCUUCGACCCGGAGCGCAACGAGUGCCGGCGCAAGCACGAGUGCACCCUCGGCCACAACGACUUCUCCAGCCGGCUGGUGUGCGACACCGUGUGCCCCGUGCUGUCGCAGUGCGAGAGGCUGCGCGAGAAGAACCUGAAGCGGUCGCAGCGGCUCAAGCAGCCCACGUUCCUGCCAAAGUGCAAUCCCGACAGCGGCACGUGGGAGCCGGUGCAGUGCCUGGAGCACGUCGGUGUCUGCUGGUGCGUGAAUCGUAAGGGCCAGCCGGUCAAGGGUUCGCUCACCCGGGCCGCCGAGCCCAAGUGUAACUUCCGCCAGGCGAGACGCGGCGGCAGAAGACCGGAGUCGCAGGAGAUAGAUCGUGAGAUUCAAACGCUCAUGGAGAACGCGCUGCUGAACUUGGAGACGGACGAGCGGCAGGCGGGAAAGAUCCUCGGGACCAGGUGCCAGGCGAUGAAGGACAAGGGCCACGUGCCGGCGAUAUGCGAUCCGCAGGGUAGAUUCGAGCCUACGCAGUGCGCCGCCGAUACUUGCUGGUGCGUUGACGAAGCCGGCAAUCAAUUAAUUGGAUCCGAGCCGUUUUUGAAGGGAACGAGCAUUUGCCUGCCCACUCCAGUCGAAGCUGUCGACGUGACGUUACGUUUCCCCGGUCGGUUCCUCGCCAGCGACGAGACGCGAUUCGCCCGGGAGGCCGAGAAUUUUCUGCACGUGCUCGGCGCGAGGCUACGGAAAGAUGUGCGAGUGGAAAUCAAUCAGGACUCGGCUAUCCUGAGCUUUGAGAUCGUCGGCGCGAACAAGGUGGACGUGGCGUUCCACUUGGAGGAGCUCACGCGAAUCCAGAAGCUGUCCAUGCUGGACUCGUUCGCGGACGCGACGACCUCGCGCUUCACGCAUCGCUCCACGCCCGUGGCAACGCAGAGCCGGAUCGUUGCGUUGGAGCAACGUGAGAUCCUCACGCAAAUGGAAACGCCGUUCUAUCAAACGGCCACGGUCGUGCUCGCGGCGAGUAGCGCCUUCGUCAUCAGCAGCCUCGUCAUUCUGCUGAUGCUGUACCGCAAAAAGAUGAAGCUGAAGGAUCCCACGAAGACGUAUUCCAUGGACCAACACUUUCUCGCUUUUAGCCAACAGCCGGUUUACGUGAUAUCAGGAUCGGAGCAGAGCGAGAAGGAGAAGGAGACCGCGGCGCAGCAGAUGCUAGAGAAUAUUCGUACGUCGGACACCAUCGUCGGAGCAUAAAACGAUUUGCUUUUUACAUAGGUAAUUUCCACCCUGUACGAUAGUGAUUCUUAAACUUCUUUUUCCAAGUGUACUACGAAGUAGCGACGGAGAGUAUAAUGUAUGAUUAUACGCGUCACUCAAAAAUCCUUCGAAGUACAGCGUCUACCAUUUCCAAGGAUAAUAUCCGCACGGUAAUCCUUCAAUUCUUACCUUUUUUUAUCUCAGUAAGUCUUUUUAUAUUUAUAUAUAUAUAUAUACACGUGACGGAUAAUAUAAUCGGAAAGGGGAUAAUUUCUCGUAAAAAAAAUAUGUCAAAAAUAUAGAAAAAAAAUUUUUUUAACACGAGUCUUUGUUUUCGGAAAAUGCCUGUUUAACAAACAGUGAAUAAUUAAGAAUACGUUUUUACAACUUAAUGAUCUUACGUCAGGUAACCGAAUUUGUCCUCAACUGUCUCGAUAUAGUGGCUAUUAAUAAACAGAGGCUCAAGAAUCACAAGUGCAAACUGGAAAUGCGAAUUAAUGUCGUACAUGGUAUAGCAUAUGAAUACAUCGUAGUCAAAACAAUGUCAUGUAUAUCUCACUGUCAAUAUCUCGCCGUAAUUUAUUGUUCACACGAGAUUCAUCCAUUACGGUCCGUAGACUUGACGAUCAAACGAAUGCAUCGCAUGCGACGAAUUUUAAAUCAGCGUUUAUCAAUCAAUUUUGUAUAGAUAAGUGUAGACUGUAUAGUUUCUAUAGACAACUGUUAAAAUUUUCAUGAUGACGAUUCGCAUAAUGUAAAUUUAUUCAAACGAUUCUGAUAUAAUAUAUACACCAGGCUGGAGUUUUUGGAAAUGUAAUCUAUACUUCCCUAAAGAUACAAAAGAACGAUAUUACUUUUGCGAGAUCGGAAACAUUUACUCGCGUAACGACGAGUUUACCGAUGGACAUUGGUUUGAUCGUCGAGGAUCUAGGUAUGGGAACUGAUUUUAUUAUUUUCAUUGGUAUUUGUCUUCAUUACCUCUCUGAUGUGGGAGUCAUUAAUGCAAGAUUGUCCUCUCGGUUUGAAAAUCCCGAGUUGUAGGACCGAGGUACGUGUCAUUACGUUAAUAACGCCCGCACGAUUGUAAAUAGAUUAUUAUAUUUAUAGAUUUAUACUGUGUUCGAUUUAUUUAUAUAGACGAAUAAAGAUCAGAAUUCUCCUGUUUUUCAAUAAUGAGGUUAUUCCCACAAGCUAUAUACAAUUAAUUUCCUUAAAUUCCCUCCACAGCUGUAUUAAAUUAAAUAAAAAAAUAAAACAAAAUUGAAAAAUA